AAUCAACAUGGCGCUCCCCUUGCGGACCAAUUUUAAACGUCUCUGCCGUAUUAUUCAGAGGAUUAAACCCCAGAAUUUGUCCUUCUGUUCAGCAGCCUGCCCGGAAAACAAGGAGGAUCCUGGAAGUGCUCGUGUUUUCUCAGGGAUCCAGCCAACCGGCGUGCCGCAUUUGGGCAACUACUUGGGAGCCCUGGAAAACUGGGUGGCCCUGCAGAACCGGUACCCCUCUGUGCUCUACAGCAUAGUGGACCUGCACUCCAUAACUCAGCCUCAGGAUCCAGACCAGCUCAGGAACAACAUCCUGGACAUGGCAGCAAGCUUGCUAGCCUGUGGAAUCAACCCGGAAAAGGCGAUUCUGUUUCAGCAGUCCCAGGUGUCUGAACAUGCAGAGCUCAGCUGGAUCCUCGGCUGCCUGACCAGCAUGCCCCGGCUACGCCACCUACCGCAGUGGAAGAUGAAGAGCAAGCAGAAGAACGAGGGCAGCGUUGGACUCUACACGUAUCCGGUCCUGCAGGCUGCCGACAUCCUGCUCUACAAGUCCACUCAUGUCCCUGUAGGAGAGGACCAGGUGCAGCACCUAGAGCUGGCUCAGGAUCUCGCUCGGAUCUUCAACAACCAUUAUGGGGAACUGUUUCCUGAACCGCGUGCUCUGCUCAGUUCGACCCAAAAGGUGAAGUCUCUCCGCAACCCCUCGGCUAAAAUGUCAAAGUCCGACCCCCAGACAAUGGCCACCAUCACCAUCACCGACUCUCCAGAUGACAUCGCCCUGAAGAUCCGCCGCGCCGUAACAGACUUCAUCUCCGAGGUCACCUUUGACCCGGAGCAGCGGCCGGGCGUGUCCAACCUGGUGACGAUCCACGCCGCCGUGGCGAAGCUCAGCGUGGAGGAGGCGCUGUCGCAGGCCAGCGGGAUGGACACGGGGGCCUACAAGGGGCUUGUAAGCGAGGCUGUGAUCCAGAGGCUGACGCCCAUCAGGGAGGAGCUCCAACGGCUGAGGGCGGACCGGGCGCACCUGGAGGGGCUGCUGGCUCAGGGGCAGCUCAGGGCGCGGGAGCUGGCUGCUCCUGUGCUCGCAGAGGUCCGACACAGAGUGGGCUUCUGCUAAAAGGCCUGGAGGCUGGAAAAUAACAACAUUUAUGGUGUUUCUGAUCAGGGCUUCGCUAACGACAAGCCGUCUGCUUCCUUGUUGUGACUCAUUGAGGGGAAUAAAAAUGAAGGCGGGACUAGAGGUCCGCUCUGACUGAGGGACCAGUCGUAUAACCCUCCUCUGAAAACAAAGCAGGACGUCUUCAGGACGAUCAUUUCUUUUAUGUUUUGGUAGAUGUCAUCAUUAAAACCUCUUAAACUCAGAAAUGAUUUAUGUCACUCAGAGUCUUCAGGUGUUUGUAGCUUUAACCAAAGGUGUUUAAU